UACAGUCAUCUGGCAACUUUACGAAUGUAUCUACCGGCCUGGCAGCUCUGGUCGCCGAUUCCUCCCGUUAGUCUCUACGGCAAAUAUUUAAAAUGUUUAAUUAAACUUUAGCGUAACAAAAAAACAAUGAAUUAAAGUCUGUGAAACAAGAGACGGGGAAACAAUGCGCGAGUGAGAGAACUGGAAAGGGGAGCCGCAGAAGGAGCUACGAUUGAAAAUCAAGGAUUGAAGACAAAAAUCGAUUUUUUCAGAGUAGGAUGCUGCAGCUGUAGACAACGAGUUUAUUAGCGUAAACGAAACCCCCGCCAUGCCGGAGAAUCUGGAGCUACAGCAGUUCCAGGAGGCUGCUCCGCCUCCUGAUCCGGCACCCCGUUGGCUGGAGCGAUUACAGAAGCGCCUGGGAGCCAACUGUCCCUACUUGGGCAUCCUGCUGGCUACACUCUCGUCGCUCUUCUUCUCGCUCUGCUCUGUGAUUGUGAAGGGACUGGUGGACGUAAAUCCCAUGGAGCUGGCCUCGUUUCGGUUUGUGGGGGUGCUCCUUCCGGCCCUACCCAUCCUGAUCUACACACGGCAGCCGGUGUUUCCGGAGGGCAAGCGAGUGAUUCUGCUGCUGCGAUGCUUUAUGGGGACAACUGGUCUGAUGCUCAGCUUUUAUGCCUUUCGGCACAUGCCCCUGGCGGAUGCUAGCGUCAUUAUAUUCUCGACACCAGUUUUUGUGGCGAUUUUCGCCCGAGCCUUCCUCAAGGAGCCCUGCACGCUCUUUAAUGUCCUCACCAUAAACAUGACGCUGGUGGGCGUGGUACUGAUCACUAGACCGCCGUUUGUCUUCGGCGAACCGGCGGGAAGCGAAGAUAUCCUGACUGGCAAGACAUACGAUAUCUGGGGACCGGUGGCCGCCAUAUCAUCCACAUUGUUUGGGGCCAAUGUCUACAUACUGCUGAGGGCUUUGAAGAAUCUGCAUUUCUCCGUUAUCAUGACCAACUUUGGCACCAUCGCCUUGGUGUACACCUUGAUUGUAUGCGGAUCCAUUGGAGCCGUGUGCUGGCCCAGCUGCGGACGGGACCGGUGGCUGGUAGUAGUUCUUGGCAUAUUCAGCUUCCUGGGACAGAUUUUGCUGACAUUGUCCCUGCAAAUAGAGCAGGCUGGUCCCGUGGCUAUCGCCCGUUGCGCAGACAUCGUAUUCGCCUUCGUCUGGCAGAUGAUAUUCUUCGGCGAAACUCCUACCGCCUACUCCCUGGUGGGAGCCUUUAUGGUGAUCGCUUCCGUGGUCCUCACGGCGCUCAAAAAGUGGGCCAGCACCCUUCCUCGCGAGUCCUCGCUGCGUAAGCGACUACGGCUCGUCCUGCUGGAAUAGUUCGACCAAGUCCAGGCCCCGGUCGGACCAGGAAGUUCGCGGUUUCUCCCCAGCUCUCACCCGGAAUCACACCGAAAAUUCAUACCAUAACUCACCAUUUCACCCUAGACUUAAUAUAUAUCAAAACGUCAGAUCGUAGUUUAAUCCAACAUUAGCGUCGUGAUAUCCAAUCCACUAAUAUUGAAUUACUCGUAGUGCGUUUUUAGUUAAGCCAAUUCGCCGAUUUGUUGUUUUGUACAUUGUUAUGCGUGCUUAAAUAUAAUAAUUAUAAUGGUAACAACUUAAAAAGAAUAAACACGUCUUAUGAAUAACUAAAAACUGCCCAAAAAAUCUAAAAUUAAUCCAUUCUCAAUGUUUUAAGGGACAAAUAAGCAGUAGGAUAAUUUAAUAUAAUAAAGCAUUUUCAAGUUCAUUACCAAAAAGAUACAUAUUUUUUUAAACUAAUUUUUGGUUUCACAUUUUAAAUUUUGUACAAAUUUUGAGUCGAUAGGGAUAAAUCCUUCAGAAUAUUCAUUUUUCCCCAUUGGGAUAUCUUUACAGCCUGGUUACAUGAUAAUUUGUAGCGUUUUACUUUCAGAAUAUUGGAUACUUUGUAUACUUGUUUUUUAACUUAAUAUUUCAAAUAUUACUUCUUAUGCUUAGAUGAUAAAAAA